AUGAGGGGCCGACUUGGCGCUGUUUGGUUCUUCUGCUGGCUACAGCUUCUCAAUGGUACAGCUUCUCAAUGGCUACAGCUUCUCAAUGUAACGCAGGGCAAUGCAGCUGGAUGUGGAGGAAACCUGACGGCUCCCACUGGAGGUCCUGUGACAUCACCAAACUACCCCAGUAACUAUGGCAACAAUGAGAACUGCGAGUGGUUAAUCACUGUACCAGUAGGAAGCAUCAUCAGUCUCACGUUUGACAGUUUCAACACUGAGGAGAAUUAUGACUUCCUGGACAUCUAUGAUGGGGCCAGUGACAGCGCUGCAGUGAUACAAAGGUUAACAGGUCAACAGUCAGUCAGCCGUAUCCUCAGCACAUCUAACUCCAUGUUCCUGAGGUUUACAUCUGACGGCUUUGUAACACAUCAGGGGUUCCAGUUCUCCUACACAUCUCUCACGUCAAAUGAAACAACUGGAUGUGGAGGAAACCUGACGACUCCCACUGGAGGUCCUGUGACAUCAACAAACUACCCCAGUAACUAUGGCAACAAUGAGAACUGCGAGUGGUUAAUCACUGUACCAGUAGGAAGCAUCAUCAGUCUCACGUUUGACAGUUUCAACACUGAGGAGAAUUAUGACUUCCUGGACAUCUAUGAUGGGGCCAGUGACAGCGCUGCAGUGUUACAAAGGUUAACAGGUCAACAGUCAGUCAGCCCAGUCAACAGCACAUCUAACAAGAUGUUCCUGAGGUUUACAUCUGACGGCACUGAAACACGUCAGGGGUUCCAGUUCUCCUACACAUCUCUCACGUCAAAUGAAACAAAAGAGUUUGACUGA